AGCUAUAAUGUCAUAUUCUUCUAUCGUAUAAUAUUACAUUCACUUAUGUGGCACAACGAUGUCAUAACUUCAAACGAGACUUUUAAAAUUACGUACGAACAAGUCACAUUAUCUCCUCUUUUGACUAUAAUAUUUCUGAAUUUUUCUGCUUGAUAUGCAGAAUUUCAUUGAAAAUGCUACAACUACUCCAAAGAAUACGCGGACAUAAUAGAACUAUAGAAGAUAUAAAAAAACUUAUGAUGUACUGCAAUAAAGUAUUUUUCAUCUCUUGUAUUUUAGACUAGAUAUGUAUAGUUUCCAUGAAGUUACAUGCUUGCAAAGUUUUUUCCUGGGAUACCAACAGCAGUAAUUGGGGGAUAGCGUUUUCAAUAUUUAAUGACGCGUUCAACAUACAGGUCGAGUUUUCGAAAGAGGGUGAAUAUUGCUUCAUAUUAUAACAGGAAGAGCGAGAUAACUAUUCAUACCAGUUUUAAACAUGGACAUUACAGAACCUUCAGGUUACAAAGGUAACACUGUAUCACACUAACACUGUAUCAAACUCUUUCAUCUCAUUAUACACGAUCUACCUAAUAAAUAAAUUAAUAUAAAUUCGUUGUAUGAAUAAAUAUUAUCGUCUCCUUUGCAUAAAAAAUUGAGAUUUCAGAUUUCGUGUGGGCAAUUGAAAUGCAUCGCUUAAACUUUCAAACAAUGGGUUUAUGGCCCGAAGGUGACAAACUUGAAACAAGUAAUGUAUGGUUGAAACUUCGUAUAAGCAUUAUUUUAAGUUUAAUAAUAUUUGUUAUCGUUAUUCCAAUGAUACGUGCGGUUAUACAAGUAUGGGGCAACAUGCUACUGGUAGUAGACAAUUUACGUGUUGCAUUACCUCUGACAAUAUCAAUAAUAAAAUACGUUAUUAUGCUGUGGAAACGAACAGUUCUUUUGUCGAUUAUAAAUACAAUAGCGGAAGAUUGGAUGGCAUUCAAAUCAAAUACAGAGAGAGCUGUGAUGAUAAAACAAGCACAAACUGCUCGAGUAAUCAUGGUCAUUGGAUUCGUUAGCACGAUAAUAGGAUGUCUUGGAGCAAUAGUUCCAGCUUUUUUUGGCAUACAAAUAAUAUCAGUAACAAAUCGUACGGAUCAGCACAAGACGUUAUUGUUCGUGACAUACGACUUAUAUGAUACAGAUAAGAGUCCACAGUAUGAAUUGACGUUCUGUAUUCAUACUAUAUCGCUUUGGUUUGCAACUAAUGUGUAUAUGUCUGUAGAUAGUUUUUUAGGGCUACUAGUUCUUCACAUUUGUGGCCAGUUAAAAAACUUUAGACGUCGAUUAGUUAAUAUGACGUCAUGCAAGAACUACAACAAAACUUUAAAUGAUAUUGUAACAGCUCAUUUACGUAUGAUCAGAUUUGCCGAUAAUAUCGAAAAUACAUACUCUUUAAUGAUGCUAAUUAUGUUACUUCACUUCAUUAUUGUAUUUUGCCUAACCGGGUUCUGUUUAAUAUUAGAAAUGGAUGAAGUUAUUACAACAAAAAUUUAUUUUUCGAUAACUAUGCUUACAAUCUUAUUAAUUAAUACUUUUUUAUACUGUGGUGCAGGAGAACUUUUAACGGAACAGUGUAAUGCAGUAUAUCGUGCAAUGUGCAAUCUUGAAUGGUACAAAUUGGAAUCAAGAAAUGCGAGAAAUCUCAUUUUAUUAAUGCUUCGAGCACGCCAUCCUGUUUGCAUUACUGCAGGAAAAAUUAUUCCAUUAACAAUGGCUACUUAUUCCAGCGUAUUAAAAACAUCGAGUGGAUAUAUAACGUUUUUAUUAGCGAAACGUGGAUAAAAAUUAAUCCAAUAUAUUAAUAUUUACGUAUCACAGAAAAAUACAAGCAUAUUCAACUAAAUAAUUACAAGUAGAUGGCAGUAUAUUGUAUUAAAAAUUAUUGCAAUAAAAAUUUUUUUUCUUGCUUA